GUGACCGCGUGCAACGCAACGAAAACGCGCCGACCGUAAAGUCGUCGCUCAACCAAUUCCGCCAUUUUAAGUUAGUUUCUUUUCCCCGCGUCUUCGAUUAAAAUAAAAUUAAACGCAAUCCGCUAGUUUCCUUAACAAACAAGUCGCCGUCCAGUCACAUGGAAUUCCGAGAAGGGAUGAGUAUAACGGAGCUAAUCGAGGCUAACUUCACGCUGUUUCGCGUCUCGGUUGGACACUCGUCUUUGACAGAAAAGUGUAGGACUUUUAUUAUUUUCUAUCUUUCCGACCCAUAAAUCCAAUCUUAUGAUUUCAAUCUCUUAAUUUAAUUUCUGGCUCGUCCAGUCGGCAAUAAAAUAAACUGCUGCUCCGAGCGGAGCGGUCUGCGCGCUUCGCUCUCCGAGAAAUCUGAAAUCACGGCAAUCACGCACCUCCGAAGGUGGUUUUUAAAUCGAGGGACUCCGGAAUCGCGAGAGACUCGCGAGAGUCGCGAGAGAAGCCGAAGCGAGCGCGAGUGCGAGUUGCGCGCGUGCGCGGCGACGGUCAGAUCGCUGACGCAAGGGAGUACGUCAGCUGUUUUGUUAGACUCUCGUGGCGGAUAGACGUGCGUGUAUGUCCGUCGUGUCAUUCAUCGUCGUCAUCGCCGUCGCGCCCGUCGUCGCUGUCGGGAAUGGUGCGUUGAUCGGUGGGCAUUGUUGACUUGACUUGGAGGGGCAUCUCUCUCUCGCGCGUAACUUUCCUCGUCGUCGUCGCCCGUCGGUCGGUCGCACGGCAACGGGUUCUCUCUCGCGCACACCUUUGUUCGCCGUGUACGCGCGUGUGAGAAGGUGUACUGCGUGCGCGUUUCCGGGCGAUUCUGCGUGCGGACGCGCUCUCGCGCGUGUGUGUGUCAUCAUCAUCGUCGUCGUUGUCGUCGUCGUCGUCGUCGUCGUCGUCGUCGUCGUCGUCAGGCUCUCGUCAACCCGGAUUGAUCAUCCCGCGGGAAUCCCUCGGCUCCGCCGCGUGGGACACGUCCAGCCCGGACCGUCCAGUCCGCGACUCCUCGACGCGACAGGGUCGGGACGUUCUCGCCUGCUCGCAGUGGUAGACACAUUAUUGUGAUAUACAUAGAGAGAAGCGCAGAGUGGAGACAUGGCGCAGCCGACGAGCAGCGCGCUCCGGGCGCUCGCCCUAGAAUACAAGAGCCUGCAGGAGGAGCCCGUCGAGGGCUUCCGCGUCAAGCUGGUCAACGAGGACAACAUGUUCGAGUGGGAAGUCGCGAUCUUCGGCCCGCCCGACACUCUCUACCAGGGCGGAUAUUUCAAGGCACACAUGAAGUUCCCGCCGGAUUACCCAUACAGUCCACCGAGCAUUCGUUUCAUGACAAAAGUUUGGCACCCGAAUGUAUAUGAGAACGGUGAUCUGUGCAUAUCAAUCCUGCAUCCACCCGUAGACGAUCCACAGAGCGGCGAGUUGCCCUGUGAGAGGUGGAAUCCGACGCAAAAUGUCAGGACUAUCCUGCUAUCGGUGAUCUCGUUGUUGAACGAGCCCAACACGUAUAGUCCAGCCAAUGUUGACGCAUCCGUGAUGUAUAGACGCUGGCGCGAUUCCAAAGGAAGAGACAAAGAAUAUGAAAAUAUCAUAAGGAAACAAGCUCAAGCUGCCAAGAUGGAAGCCGAAAAGGAAGGUAUUGUCGUGCCUGUAACUCUGGAGGAUUAUUGCAUAAAGACUCGAGCGAGGCCGGCCGAACAGCAACUAGAUAUGACGGACUUCUACGAUGACGCGUACGAGCUGGAUGACGACGAGGAUGAGCAGUUGAGCGCGACCGAUUACGAAGACGGCGACGAUAGUGGCAAUGGGGAAUCGUGAUCCAUUUCUUAAACGAUAAUAAUAAAAACCCGCGAAUCGCUAAUUAUUAUAUAUCAGUUCUGUAUAGAUUAAUAAAUUAACGAGCUUUUAAACCGGACGAUCUCUCUAUUUUUCUUGCCGCUACCGAAAUUCAAAUAAUUACUUUUUUUUGGUUGAAAAGAGAACCAAAUAAAAUAAAGAGCACCAAGAAAAAUUUAGAAUUACGUAACGUCUCUCUUAAGCCAUCGUUAAUCAUCGUUAUCAUUUAUGUUUUUUAAACGGGUUAUUUAUAGCCUGUUAUAAUUAUGACUUCCUGUUUCUUAAAAAGAAAAAAAAUAAUUUUCAUGAUUUCAAGGUUCUCUUGUGAAGUAAUAAGUCUGCUAACGGUGGUUUAUAUAUAUAUAUAUGAAGGAUAAUAUUCUUUAACUCUUGCACCGCCGCGGAGAUAUUUGUUAAACAGCAAAAAUUGGAUCAUGUAAUGAAUUAUUUUAUUUAUUAUGACGCGCGCUCGGAAAAUCUAAUUAUUCACAUCAUGUAUAUGCAGAAUGUAUUAAAUAUACAUGUUAAACUGUACAUGUUAUAUGUACUACUCAAACGUACGGUAGAUGUAUUAUACAAAUAUGUAAUACAAUACUCUAUUCAAAAAUUCAUCAUAAAAAUAUUACGUAAAAAAUUGAUACAAGCUAUAAUGGAUUGAAGAAUGAUCCAGUUUUGGCUGAGCGAGAGUUAAUAGAAAGAUUGAAAUGUUAAUAGUCGUGUGAAAUUAUGGAGAAUCCCGUGUUUACAAGCUCUUUAACUUAAGCAAUAUGCUACGGCGCGCGUGCGCGCGACAUGGAUAUAAGUACUAUGGAUAGGAGCACUUUGCUUGUUGUGUUGUGGCUGGCACUUUGAUCUUUUAAAUAGGAACGGACCAAUUGAUUUACCUUGCGAUGACAAACGUUCGAUAAAAAAUGAUCAUAAUGUAAGUACUGUAAGUACGCGAUCGAUUUUUUUUACAUUUGGGAUCUAGUUUUCACGCCUUGUUCAAAGUUGUAAAUGGGUACAUCAAUUGAUCCUAAGUAUAAUAUAUCUAUAUAUAAAAUUUGCGUUGUUUUGGAUAAUUAUUUAUGUUACGAUAACACAAAAGAUAAAAAAAAAUUUGUCAGGGGAAGAAUUCAAUCUAGUGUAAGAGAAAAUAAGCUGCCGAAGACCUGUUAAAAAUUAUCAGUAAUGAAUUUCGCAUCUCUCACACACUAGGAUCCAUGUUAUAUAUUGAAUAUCAUUAAUUAUAUUUAUAUAUGUAUGUGCAUCCAUAUAUCGAUGUAAUCAUACCGGUAUUUUCGCCGUAUUAUUUUACUGAAUUACAAAAUGAAAUUAACAACAAUAUCAUGUUUUUAUUUUCUCGCGAGUCUGAACGACAGACUCAAUCAUGGCUUUUAGGAACAAAUAACUUUUUUACUACAUCUUAAUUUUGAUUAUGAAUGAACGAUAUUAAAUGUCUCGAGAGAAGAACUUAUGAUGAAACUUAUACGCGCAUGAUGCUACAGCCAUGUUACUUUAGCUUAUAAUUUUCUGAAAGAUCUCUUCGCUAUCAUCUUUCACAAGAGGAAAUGAAGCUUUCCAGAUAAAAUUGGUUAAAUGUAAGCUUACUACUUAAGUGAAAGGUAUAUCGCGGAUACAAAACUAAUCGAUUCUGAUAGCGUAUCUGUGCUUGUAUGACUGAAAUUGUAAAUAGUACGUGAAACUCAAUUUUAAAGACACGAAAUAUAUAAGUGGUACUCUUUUUACUUAUUUCUUUAUUAGCCACUUCAUUGAAAGAACAAUAUCGGAUGUUGAAAGUGUUUAAAUGAUAAAAUAAAAGCAGGAGGACAUUUUUAAAAUCCCGAUAGCUAAGCAUAUACUCUGCGCUUCUAGUAGUGUCGUAGCUAAAGUGAAUAUUCCCUAGUUCCUUCGACGUAUUGUAAAAUCUUUUCUCAUUUCAUGUUUUUCUUAUAUAGCUACUUAAUAAUAGAAAACAUACAAAGUACUGAAAAAAACAAACAAUAAUUUAUAUAUUACAUAAUUCUUUCCUCCUCUUUUUGUACAUACCAAUAAAAAAAUUUUUCCUU